AUGGCGUCAUAUUUCGAGCUUCCAGCCCAGGAUACUUCGGCGACGACAGCGCGUAUAGAAGAAGUCCCCGCCCAUGAGCGCAGGCAGUUGGGUAGCUUGAAUUUAAUGUCUCCUGCUGUUACACAAAUACUUGAACAUCUCGAAGACGAAGACGAAGACAGCAGCAGUGAAGUAGAAAGCUUAUCUGAUGAAGAGAACUCGGCAAAUCCAGACGAUAAAAGCACCGGUUUGACUGGACCCUCAUCUUCACGCCAAGAGACGAAAGCACAAAGGCAGGGAAAGACGCUCAAGCCAUCUUCACUGUCACCAAACAGGCAUUCUUCAAAGGCGUCUUCUAGCAAGGACUCAGCACACGUUAAGGUAGCCGCAGCGCGCGCAGGCGGAAAUAGCUCCGCAAGAGACAAACCUACUCAUUUGGCCCGUUUCCACUCUCUUCGAAGCAUGCUAUUUCAGGCAAAUAUUGAAGACAAGAUGAAGACAAUUGCAAAAGAAGACACACAGAAAGAGGAGGUGGCCGUUGAGGAGUGGAAAACCCAACAUGAUAAUCGACAGAUGCAUCGGCCCAGGACACCUGAAACCGAAACAAAGGAUGCGCUUGGGAAGAGAAUCAGGACCAAGAUACGACGAAUCACGAGUAAAGAUGUACCUACCAUGAGCCAGAUUGGCGAAAACGAUGCGACCGUUGUGUUCGACGAUCAUGCGCCGACACCCUCGUCAGACAUUGAGAAUGGACAAACUGGUUCAUUCAAUGCGGAAGACGACAAUGCCAACAUCAAUGACUCAGAAAUUGAGGAGUUAUCACGAUUCGUCAUUCGAGGUAAAGCAGCAGGCAGCCGUGAGGCGAAAGCGAAUGCUUUUGUUCCCGAGCUCUACGAAGAUAGUGACCAGGAAAGCCUUGGGCACUCGGAUGUCGACGACUUAGUGCGGUGGGUGAGCCGAAAGUCUACCACAAGAGAAGAACAGGAUCAACCACAAAACAGUGGAUAUAGCGACGCAUCCACAGAAUCAGAUACUGAGGUCAUCGACGACUCAUCAGAUGAAGAAGAAGACGCUGAUGAUCUCGUACGCUGGAUAUCACAUCGCGAUGGCCCUCGCGCUGGCCCCGUAAGCCAGAGCUUAGAGCGGAAAAAGCUCGACUCCAAGUUUGAAGAGAACCAUGAAGAUGCUGUACCAGAGAUCGGUCGCUCGAUCAAUCGGUAUGAUAGAAGGGGCGGCGAGGCUGCGUCACCUGUGUAUGAUCGGGCAGACUUUUUGGGCGAAGAUCAGGAACGAGGGCGGUCAAGGAGCCGCGCUUCAAUUUCCCCUGAACCGAAGCAGAAGAACCAUCUCACUGACAACGACGUCGAUGAACUAGUGCGCUGGGUAUCAAGACGAGAAUCGAAACAAAACGAGCAGGCUACCCGGGAAAACGACGAACAAGAAGCCCAACUGAAACGUCAAGAAGACGUCAAGAAAAAACAACUUGGCAUGACGGUCGAUGAAGGGAGCUUAUCACACAGUGAUAUUAAGGAAUUGGUCGAUCAUGUCAGGAAGACUUCGCUGGGAGAUACUGCCGACCUAGAACCUAUCGAUUCCGGGACCGCUAGCGCUCCUAUGUUGGAACGCGGUGAUGAUGGGGUGAAGGAGAUUCGGCGUGAAGAGGAGGCAAAGAAGCAGCAGCUUGGUAUGACGGUUGACGAAGGCUCUCUUUCACAUAGUGAUGUGCAGGAUCUGAUUGCGCAUGUUCGCGAGAACGAUAUCCGGGAUGAUGCUGUUCGUGUUGCGUGA